AUGAAGUUAUUUAAGGGCUUUGUGUCGCGUGCCGCGGCAAUAGGCCUCUUUUUGGGCAUAUGCACUCUCCAAGGUGGCAAAGAUGCUGCACAGGCGGCCAGGCUAGCUGCCACGCGGGCAGCAAGAGCAGAAGCAGCAGCUAAACUCGAGAAAGGCAAGUCACCGGAUGAACUGCAGAAAGAAAAAGAGAAUCUCCUGCAGCUCAAGCACGACAUAAAGAACCUUCUCAAGGACAGCAAAGAAUACAAACGACAACAAAUCAAGAAGCAGCAGGAGGAGGAGGUAGCCGGCUAUACACCCGAAGAACUCGAAGAGACAGAUUUAUGGAAGAAAGAAUACGACAAAUUUAUGCGUGCGGAGCGUCAUAAGGAUUGGUGGGAGAGGCUGGGCAUUGUGGGGGGCAUUGGGGGGAUCGUUGCAGGGGGUCUAGCAGAGUUUGGAAGAGCCCACGGGAAUGCAGGAGGCCUAGCAGAGAAUCCUGCUGCAGCUCGGCUGGUGCGGGGCGCAGGAACAGCGGCUCUUGUAGGGGGAGCUACAGCCCUGCUCGCCUGGCUGAUGAGGCGACACAACAAAAAGCGACAGAAGCUGGCUGAUGCAAGACUGACACGGAUGCAGUUUGAGGCCAGAACCGGUCUCAAACCGUCGGAUCAAAAUGUGCUAGGCCCCGACGAGCGAGAUAUCCUUAACCCCCCGAAGAAGAAAAGCAAAAAGAAGGAAGACGAUGAUUGA